CUUUCGAAUCCGACCUUGGCAGUUCGAGUUGCUGUCCACUCCGGUGUGGGUGGUGGCUUCUUGGUUACUGCCCUGAACCCUGAUGAUGUCCACCAUAACCGUUAUCAGAUCAUCCAGUCAAGAUGACGACCCUCUUUUCCAGACUCCAAGCCCAUACUUACACACACAGAUUUGCAUCUGCGCUUUCCCAUCAACUACGAUGCUGAUGGGAUCUGGCACCUACCCUUCCAGCAUGAGGACAACGAGUCAAAAGUGUCGAAUUGACCAACCCGAUACGGGAACACAAGGAAACACGAUGACGGCGUACCAGCUAUCUGAACCCCCCAGGCCAGCCCCGUUGUCCAGGCAAACCGCCAUGCCGAUGCCCCUCUGAUAUGGAAAUGUCGCUCGCAUGCAGGGCAACGCGAGUGGAUUAUACGUACACAGGAAUCACCUCCAGGCAUGGAAGAUGCAACGUGUGGAAACGAAUGGUUCAGGAGAACUUGUCUUCGCUUCCGAUCGCGCCUUGAGCGCCAUCUAACAGAGCGAUUCACUACCUUGCUAAUCUACCUCCCGUUGGUUGUUGUGAUCAAUCAACACAGCCGGCUUUCUUUGUUUUCUUUCCCGGGCGGCCUCACCCAACCAACCUCUCAUCGGUCAAUUGUUGAUCGGCCGGCGACUUUCCAAUGGACUCAGCCCCCCGUGCAGGGCCCCGCCUCCCCUGUAACCAACAAGAAUUACUUACCUCUAUUGGAUCCAUGUCGACAAAACUUCCCUUGAGAAAUCAGCGCGACUUCCACUUCCGCGACUUGGCAAGCUCAACAAGACUUCGUUGUGGCCUCCUAUCCACUUACGGUUAUCGAUUGACCGCCGUCUCAUACGACCUUCGGAGGUUCAGCCCUUUAUCCUAGACGUAUAUGUUACCCCAUGCAUCCUUUCAUGCAAUUCGGUGCCCUUCACUUGUAAAUACCGCGCGUCCUACGUCCUCCCACCAACACCCCACGUACCAACCGAAACCUUUUUCGAGUUUAGUAGGUUGCGAUCUGGUUGAGACGGCACCUUAACCUUCACCAUGGAGCCCGAUCUUUCGCACAGCAUUUCGCAUCACCCGCACGCCUUCAGAACCCAAUCUCAGUCGGCCAGCUCGAUAUCGCUCCCGCAUACACAUUCCCAUCAUCGACACCACCACCAUCACCAUAAUCAUCAGCAUCAGAUGGGCGGGUCUGAAGCAGCAGCCAGUAGUACCGGGUGUGAAGCUACGGAUGGAGACGACCACGGCGUAACCAGGCACCGCGACGUCGAAGUGGAGAGCCAGCGAACCGGUCGCCUCCCGCUCGUCAGCGCCGAGCACGAUCCCUACGGACUAUCGCAGCGAUACAAGACCCCCUCGGAGCUAGCAGCCAUCAAGGCAAACACGUCUAGGAAGCGCGAUGCCGCUCGAUCCGACUCCGAUUCCGCGGGCGCUGCCAGCACGGGCAUGGGUGAGGCUUUGAAGUCCGGGCCCAGCUCCAAGGGACACGGACACGGGUCAAAGUGGAAACCGUCCAUCGGCCGCUCUGCUCUGCAAGCCCGCCGCGUCCGGGGCUUCUACGAGGCCCAGAACGAGACCAUCGAGCGCAUGCUCAAGAGCGUGGAAGAGCAUGUCGCCGAGGCGCGCCAGGAGCAGGGAGAUGAUCACCUGAAGUUCCAGAUUGCAGUCUGGGGCUCGCUGGUCGCCAACGUCACUUUGACGGUGCUCCAACUCUACGCAGCCAUUUCUUCGGGCUCGCUUUCGCUCUUCACCACCAUGGCGGACGCCAUCUUCGACCCGCUCAGCAACGUGACUUUGAUCCUGACCAACCGGGCCGUGAAACGGGUUGACCCUGCUCGUUUCCCUUCGGGCAAGGCACGGCUCGAGACGGUUGGCAACAUCACCUUCUGCUUCAUCAUGACGGCCGUCUCGGUCGUGCUCAUUGCUUUCAGCGCGCAGGACCUGGCGAAGCACGACAAGGAGGCGGGUACCAAGGAUUUUCAUCUGCCCUCGGUUAUCGCCGUGUGCGUCGCCUUCGCCACCAAGUUCUCGCUCUUUUUGUAUACCUGGUCGCUGAAAGACAAGUACAGCCAGGUGCGCAUCCUCUGGCAGGAUCAUCGCAACGAUCUGCUCGUCAACGGCUUUGGUAUCCUCACCUCGGUCGGCGGCGCCAAGCUGGUGUGGUGGCUCGACCCGGCAGGCGCCAUUUUCUUGAGUGUGAUUAUUACGGCCAUCUGGCUGCGCACCGCCUUCACCGAGUUUUUGUUAUUGGUGGGCGUUACGGCUAGCGUCGAGAUCCAGCAACUGAUUACCUAUGUGUGCGUUACGCACUCGCCCUUGAUCAAGCAGAUCGAUACGGUGAGGGCAUACCACUCGGGCCCGAGGCUGAUUGCGGAGGUCGAUGUGGUCAUGGACCCGGAUGCAAGCCUGAUGGAGACGCAUGAUGUCGCGGAGGAGUUACAGAUGAAGUUGGAGAGCUUGCCGGAUGUGGAGAGGGCGUAUGUCCAUGUUGAUUACGAGACUACGCAUAAGCCGGAGCAUGCUUACAAGAAGGACUUGUAGGUGUUUGGUUUGUCUUGUGUAUGAAGGUGAGCUUGGGCACAGCUAUUUGUUGUUUGUUCUAGUAACGAAGAGCGAGACGAUGCUCACGUUGGGCUACUUUAACGAUCAUUGAUAUAUAUGUUCUGAGAUGUAAUGGGUUAUCAUGUGUUACUGCUUGUCUAAAUACCAUCUACUCGCCUCUGGUGCCUUCGCAACUGCCACCAAGUGUCCUUGAAAAACCACAAUGUGAUCCGCCGUCAUCUUCG